GAUUGAAAAACUCGAAUCAAGUGCAAACGAUAAUGUAUCGAAGAGAAAUUUGACACUGUAAUUGUGACUAAAAUUCCGACGUCGAAUAUAUUAAUAUAUUUUUUUAAGCAAUGGAAAUUUACACAAACUUUUAUAUACAUUACCACUAAAUAGUACAGGGAAUUGAUAUUUAAAAAUUAGUUUCGUUAACAGGAAAAAUCCAAUUUAUAAAAACUGAUUACCAUAAACUUUGCUUUAAUUUACACAUAAGACAAUUUAUGAAUCGAAAGCAGGUAUAUGUAAAACCGGUAAAAGAAUAAUGAGUGAGCUUACGAAAAGAACGUCCUGUCCGAUAUGCAAUAAGGACUUUCCGAUUGAAGAUAUUGAAAAUCAUGCUAAUCGUUGCAUAUUUUUAAACUGUCCUGAUGAGGAUCCCCAGAAACGUAAACGUUCUCCAAGUCCUAUAUUUCAAGUUUCACAAGCAAAAACGUCGCUUCUACAUAAAUCACCCAGACAUUCUAGUGGAAAAUUUAUUGAACGUACAGAAAAUCUUUUGGAAACUGUAUCUUGUUCGAGUAAUUCUGAAGUAACCUUCAAACCGAAUUUGUCAUUUAUAGUUCCUUUAGCCAAACAAGUACAACCGAAAAGUUUAAAUGAGUUUUUAGGACAAAAUCAAAUUCUAGGUAAGGACUCUGUUCUAAGAGACUUAUUGGAAAAGGCGGAAAUACCAAAUAUGAUUCUAUGGGGUCCACCAGGUUGUGGAAAAACAUCAUUAUCAGGUAUAAUAAGUGAAAUAUGUAAAUCGAAUCCUAAAAAACUCAGAUUCGCUUCCCUGUGCGCUGCAAGUGCUGGCGUAAAAGAUGUCCAAAAUAUCAUCACCGUAUCCCAAAAUGAAAUGAAAUUUGGAAGAAAGACUGUUUUAUUCAUGGACGAAAUACAUGCUUUUAAUAAAAGACAACAGGAUACAAUGCUACUAAGUGUGGAAAAAGGUGAAAUUAUUUUAGUAGGAGCUACUACGGAGAAUCCGUCUUUUUCAAUUAAUUCGGCGUUAUUGAGUCGUUGUAGGGUAAUAGUAUUAGACAAAUUAGACAGUGAUACUCUGUACGAAAUCCUCAAACAAGCCGCCAUUAAAUUUAAUCUUAAAGUUAUCAAAAAAGUUAAUAGUGGAAAGUUAAGUGGCCAAUCUUGUCUUUCAAUAGAAAACGAAGCUUUAAAAUGGCUGGCAGACGUUAGCGAUGGAGAUGCGAGAAUAGCCCUUAAUAAUUUACAAUUAGUCAUACAACACAACAAAGAUGGCGGUGACGUGAUAAAUAUUGAUGAUAUCAAAGAAGGAAUGAAGAAAUCCCAUAUGUUGUAUGAUCGUAAAGGAGAAGAGCAUUACAAUCUAAUAUCAGCAAUGCACAAAUCAAUAAGAGGUUCAGAUGAAAACGCGGCUUUAUAUUGGACUACUAGAAUGAUUGUGAGCGGAGAGGAUCCCAGAUUUAUUGCUCGAAGACUUGUUAGAGCCGCUAGUGAAGAUAUAGGAAACGCUGAUCCAAACGCAUUACAGUUAGCCGUAUCAACUAUGCAAGGCUGUCAACUCCUUGGUAUGCCCGAAGCAGAUGUACUGCUAGCUCAAUGUGCCAUUUAUUUAGCUCGCGCUCCUAAAUCGAGGGAAGCUGAUACUGCAUUGGCUAGAGCGAAAGCUUUAAUUACAGAUCACAAAGGUCCUCAACCAGCUGUACCUAUGCAUAUUAGAAAUGCACCUACGAAACUUAUGAAGGAGCUAGGUUAUAGUAAACUUCAAAAAGGCGCCGAAUUUCUUUUUAUGCCUCCAGAAUAUAAACAAGUUGAUUUUUUCAAAUAGUAUCUGUACUUUUCUAAUUAAAUAAAUUUCAAAUGUU